UUUUCAUUCAUUCAACAGUUAUGGAGGCUGAUGGAUGUUUUUGUUUCCCAUUUUGCACACAUUGAUGUCAAUUAAUGUUAGUUUAAUUAAUUAAAAAAACAAUUAUGUGACAAGAGCCUUCCGGUUCGCGAGUGUAUCUUAGUGAUAAAGUUUUUAUUGUGAUUCUGAUUGUUUUUUUGGUAUACAACACGGACUGACAUACCUCUGAUCAAAUCAGCGCCAACCAAACAAAAGACUGAGCUAAGCUAUGUAGAAAUAAAACACGGAACAAAACGCACAUUCCAAAUUUAAAUUGACAUGCUCUGACGCCAUUUUGAAUCCGCCCGACGACAAGAUGGCGGCGACGCCGAUCAGAUCGGUUAUUGAGGAGAAGGAGGUGUUGGAUGAGGCUGAAGAAAAGUUGUUGGAUCAAAAUCAAGUGCUGGUGGUGCCUAAUUCGGGGCAGGAUGAGGGGCUGCUGUCGGUGAAAUCCUCUAAGAAAGUAAAACUCCCCUCGGAGCAGGGCCCGGUGGGCGGCCGGUUCACGAUCGGGCCGGCGCCGGAGCGCGACUGGGAGAUGGCGCCGCCCGACGGCAAAUGGGGCUGGUGCGUGCUCGUAGGAGCGACGCUGGUCAACAUCCUCAUCCCAGGCACGAUCAAGUCCUUCGGCGUGCUGCUGGUGGAAUUCAACGACGUAUUCCAGACCAGCGCGUCCGCUUCGUCUGGAAUCGUCGCGCUGUGUUACUUUUUAUACAGUAGUUUAGGGCCUCUCUCCUCAAUUCUGUCAGUGAAGUGGUCGUACCGGACGGUGACGCUCAUCGGCGGUAGCUUCGCGGCCUUCGGGAUGAUAUUCAGCAGCUGUGCCUUUUCAAUCACGUAUCUAUACUUUAGUUUCGGAGCAAUGGUGGGAACGGGCGCCGGUCUAGCCUUCCCGCCCACUGUGUACAUAGUGACGUCAUACUUCGUCCGUCUCCGCGGGCUCGCCAACGGCAUCUGUAUGUCGGGCUCCGCCUUCGGGAGCAUCAUACUGCCGCCGGUGCUGAGAUACCUGCUGGAGACCUACGGAUACAAAGGAGCGGUUCUCGUGCUAGGCGGCAUAAUGCUCAACGUAUGGGCGGCGGCGCUCCUCUUCCAGCCUGUUGAGGAACACAUGGUGCGGAAGUACAAAGAUCCUGAGGAAGACGAGGAGGGUCCUCAGCUCGAGCCCUUUGCAGAAGAAGAAGCGGGCGACACAGAGGAAAUCAACCCAAAACUUAUCCUCACUCCAGAAGAAAUGACGCCAUCUUGCGAAAAACACCCUAACGGUUCUCCACCUAUAUUCAAGAACCAUUCGAACGCGAAUAUUGAAGAAAAACUAUCACCUAACCGACCAGACAGUUUCGUCAGAUCUGCCAGUGCUGCUUUGGUCGGAAAAGAAGAAAGAACUAGGAAACCCACUCCAGUUUCUUCAAAACAUGGUUUACAAAAUAUAUCAAGUAAAAACCACCUGCCUAGCAAUCCGUCCUUGCUAGAAUCAGUGCCAGAAGGCAAGGCUAGCAGAGUGAACUCCACCGAAGCGUUUGGAAAGAAGCUGACUGUUCCGAAAACGCCUAAAAGAAGCCCUUCGACGUCUAGUUUUCAGUAUAUGUCGACGCCUUUUCAUGGGUCUACGUUGUCUGCAUUUGAAAAACCCAGUGAAUUCGCUUCGCAAUUCAGCUUGAAGUCUGUGACUGAGAGUCUAGCGCCGAUCACGUAUUGCUGUGGAUGCAAAAAGAAACCUAAAGACGAUAACGCCAAAAAAGAACCCAGCAAGUAUUUCGACGUACAGUUACUGAAAGAUCCGAUUUAUUUAGUGAUUUUAAUAUCGAAUUGUACGUGCGCGAUUUCGUAUACGAACUUCAUUAUUCUAGUGCCGUCCUACGCUAAAGAAUGCGGUUUCGAUAAAUCACUAGGAGCGUACUUAUUAUCGAUAAUAUCCUUGCUCGAUUUGAUCGGGCGGAUAGGCGGGUCAGCUUUAUCGGACGUAGUGUUGACCCCGAAACGGUAUUUCUUCAUUUUCGGUCUCUUGCUUUCGGGUAUCAGCUUAGCGAUGAUACCGUUAGUGUCAAGUUAUUCGGCGAUAAGUGCGUUCUGUUCUAUUUUCGGUAUCGCGUCUGGUAUUAACGUAGGUGUGACAGCGCUAGUGAUGACAGAGAUGCUCGGUACCGAAAGACUGAUGUCUUCUUACGGUAUCAGUUUGUUUAUGAAUGGUAUCCUGCAGUUGAUAGGGCCUCCUAUAUGCGGGUUUUGGUUUGAGUAUACCCAGUCUUAUAAAUCCUUAUUUGUGACACUUGGUUUUAUUCUAAUAAGCGGCGCAGCGUUGUGGGGUUUCGUGCCCUUAAUACAUAGAAGAAGACGGUUGGCGGAAAGAAGAAAAGAAGUUAUAGAUAAGGCGUAACUGUUAAUUUAGCUCGUAUGUCUAUGUGCGUAUGGUCGAAAAUCGUUUAAGGUGAAAGGUAGAGAAUGAUUUUUUAGCGGGAUUGCUUACUGAAUUCGAUAUGACUCUCAAGGUCUACUUUAAUAUAAUUAUUAAGGUUUUAAUAAUAAAAACAGUUACUAAACGUAUUUUAUAACUAAAGUAUAUUAAAAUACUUUAAAGUAGCCACGCUUUGCCUUUCAUAGAAAACAAAUGUAAAUAUUUAUUGUAAACUUCUUUAAAAGAAGAUAACUACUAACUUAUUAAUUUUAAUAAUGUCUCGACUAGUGAUGUCAGUAAGCAAUCCUGGUGGAACAAAAUAUAUCGAUAGAUUGAAUUUAUGAAAUAUCUAUGAGAUGAUACGUGAUCGAAUAUAUCUGUAGACUGAUAUACACGCUUGUACUGUCGCAUUUUAACGAAUUACUCAAACCCAGUCAUAGUGUAAUAUUUAAUCUUAUUAAUCAUGUGAAAUUAUUAGUAUUUAUGAAUUUAUUUCUAAAUUACUGUUUAACAAUCUCUUAUAAUAGUCUCCAUAAAGUGAUAAUAAAACAAUUAUUCUGACAAAUACCAAAAAAUAUCGACAUCACAAAACGGUACCAUAUUUUCACAUCACUGGUUUCAAAAUAUAAAUGAUGUGACGUUAUCAAAUUUUUUCAUUGACCUUUCAUAUUAUGUUUUUAUCGUAGAAAACAUAUUUUUCUAUAUUAAUGGGUUGGGUAGGUUUUAAUUUGUUUUAUUGAGAAUCUUUAGGCUUAAGAAUUUAUGUGAAAAAAAUGUAAUAGUGCUGAGCGCUACCGAAAUAAGUAUCGACGUUUUUUUUUCUAACAAACGCUCAUCACUAUUUUUUAAUAUUUAAUUUAUUUACGAAUACUUUUUAUAAUCUUGUACAAAAUUAAAGUAUAGUUAACAGCACAUUAAGUUAACUAAAACAGUGCAUAUCUUCAAUGAAUUUGAAACUUUAUUUCUAUCAUGUAAGGUUCAAUCAUUCAAAGUCAAUUGAAGAAAAACAUUUCAUUCUGUGUGUGCUGUAAACUAUACGAAUGCAGCUUCCGAUUACGUAGCUAUUAUUAAUAACUCAUUUAUUAUUAUAAUAAACGAAUAUAUUAUUAUUAUGAACUAAU